AUGGAUGAUGGUUCUCUCACCGGUGAUCCCCCCUCGAAGUGGGACUUUGUCAACUACAUUCCCUAUAUUCUCUCAUCCAACAUCGAAAUACGGUUCGCUGACUCCAUGAGACACCGGCGCCCAAUUGUUACACUGGAAGAAAUCCAAAACGCGAAAGAUCUAUGUCCUCAUCGUAUGAACGGUUGCAAAAUCCUGGAGAUCAACGCAUCGACUAUAUUGAAAGUCGGACCUGUGAUUCAGAUGGCAGAAGCGGAGGCCCUUUUUCUUGUGAGGAAACGAACGUCAGUCCCCGUCCCUGACGUCUUCAAUGCUUACACAAUUGCCGAUUACGGAUUCAUUUUGAUGUCGAAAAUGCCAGGGCUCUCUCUGGCACAAUGCUGGGAAAAUAUGACUCGAGAUUCGAAGACUUCUAUUGUCCGACAACUUGAAAACUUUAUCCGGGAGUGGCGCCAGAUUGAAGGACCUCUCUUUGGGUCCAUUGAUGGUGGGCCAUGCGAAGACGUUCUCUUUAAGCAUCCAUGGGAUGCAGAGGAUCGGUACUACGGACCCUUCUCAACAAGAACGGAAUUCAAUCAAGGGGUGGUUGAGGCUCUCCGUUACGCCAGACCCAAUGCGCAGCUCACAAAAAGAGAUGGGCCUCUAGUGGAGAGAAUUCUUGUAUCGCAUACCCAGGAUGAGAGGAAGGUACUCACGCAUGGUGAUUUGCACCAAAGCAAUAUUAUUGUGAACGGUGAUAUCUUCACCGGAAUCAUAGACUGGGGCGCAGCUGGCUACAGUAUAUCGGCAAGGGAAUAUUUCUGUUUACGGUGGCAAGCGUUGGACCUAGAAUGGAGGGAACUUAUAUCCACUAUACUCGAAACCGACGAGUAUGAAUUUUGGAAUGAAGUCAAUCAAUCCGUGGUAGUUUAUACUGGGAUCUGA